CUGACAAGGCUCUACAAACCAUGUUUCUUCAACGACUCCCUGAACAUGUCCAAGAACUCUUGUCGGUUGUGGAAGGAGUAGAACUCAACAAACUGGCAGAGGUUGCGGACAAGGCUAUGGACCGAAGAAGAGUACCACACGUAGCCACCAUCUCCAACUCGGACAACCACAUUGCAAGUGAUCUAGCGGCACUGGCCAAACAAAUAAGUAAACUAUCAACACGUCUAGAGUGUUCAGACAAUCCUAACAAAGGUACAACCGCUCAGACAGACUCGACCAAAUCAACACAACAAGAUGACAAGUGGUUAGAGUUAAAAAACAUGAUCGAAGAACUAGCCAAGCAACGAAGAAGCUACUAUAACAAGAAUCAACAAAACCGCUCUGGUGGAAGAUCUCGUUCUAGGGAGCGAUAAGACGGAUUGUGCUACUAUCACCGACGCUUUGGUAAAGAAGCGAGAAACUGUGUUAGCCCGUGUUCCUGGAAGAAUCCAC